CGGACCAACAACUACAGCCUGUCUGUUAUUUUUUCCUUACAUUUACCGUUUCCUAUUCGUCUGCGUGCGAGGUGGAGUUUCAAGUUGUUUAACUUAUACGAUCGUAGCCGUCCAAGUUUUUUGAAGUGUUUAACGUUUCGAGUUGAAGACUUUGCGGACGGUUCUGUGUCAUCUGAUUCUUAUAUUUUAAACGAAAGGAAAGAUCAAAACCUUGGAAUUUGAACAUCAAAUCAAGCGGAAUCGGAUCGCUGUUUACCACUGUCGUCCCCCAAGAGUCUCUGAUUAAGGUUAGAGGGGGGAAACAAAACAAACACACACACGAAAAACAAAAGCGCCAACUAAGCAUGCACCACUGAAUGUCGUCGUCGUCAUCGUCAAGAAUGGCCUGUUCAAAACUCGCGCUUCUGUUGGCCGUGCUGCCGUUGUUGUGCGCCACACGAGGGGAAUGGCCGAACGAUCAUGCACAUCACUCAAGAAUACGAUUGCACUCGACGAACAAAUGGAACAACAAUCUCGGCUGGAAUGGGGUUGGUGUUGCCAUCCAGCCGUCGGCGGACGGCUCAGUUGACAUUGACAGACGACCAAUUAGGAGCCGGGAACGGAGACAAACCGGCACAGUCGGCGGCAGCAGUAACGGCGAGAGGCGAUCCACGCAGCGAGUCACUUCGCCACCGCUGUUACAGAGCUUAUCGUUGCUCGACCUUCCCGUCUUUUCCCGUGGUGACAGACCGAGCUCUAUGGAUAAAACCUUAGGCGCCAUCUUCAGUAAAGUGGCAUUUUCCGCCACCAACCAAUCGGGGCCGACAUCAACGGGAUCCUUGGCCGUGGCCUCCCCCAACAAGAACAACGAUCACGCUGCUGAUAAGGUCGACGAUCGCAAUGUUGUGCCAGACAGCCAGCAGACAUCGUCGAACGGUAGCCAUUCUUCGUCAACGAGCCCAACGACGACGGAGGCAUCGACGUCGGCCAGCGAAACGAAGAGUUCGCUUCCUAGCAGCAGCAGCAGCAGCAGCAGCACGUCGAUGCCUAUCCGACCGAAGCCCGUCUUCGAGUUUGACACGCGCGUCUUUGAUUUUAUUCCCUACGAUCGGACUCCAUCUCCGUCCGAUUCCAACCGCCAAUACAACCCCAACGUCCCGGGACUAAGGGGCCCCUCACGAAUCAACACGGCUCGCAAUCCUUCGGGCAAUAACAACCAGCCGUUCAAUCUGCGACCGACUAUUCCCCCGUUGGUGGAUCUGAGCGCGGCCGGCCACGCUGGCAAUCGUUUCGUGACCAGCACCCGACAUCACACGACCACCACGGCCGUGCCGAGUACCACCGUUGAAACGGUCGAAGAAGAAGAUGAAGAUGAAGACGACGUGGUGGACACAACGACGACGACUACGACCACCACCACCACAACCGUAGCGCCACCAACGACGGUGUCCGUUCCUACCACAAGCGCGGCGUCGGGACCUAGCGAAACGUCGACGCCGGCGGGCCGAGGCCAUCCGUCGACUUCUACGAGAGACGUGACAAGUCGCGUAGAAAGUGAGGACGAGAGCGGGGCGAGUCGAGAUGCGGCCUGGAGCAUUCAGGUGUACGGGACGUCGUCGCUGUUCGCUCUAUUGGGCAUGUUCGCUUUGUCGAAUUUACUGCGUCUGCGAACCUCGACUCGCCGCUUACUGAGUACCAGCCAUUGUUUGUCUAUUCAACUGUUGGUCCUCUUCUUGGCCAUCACUCGUUCGAUUCACCUCCUCUACGACGCGUACAACCAGAGGCGACUCUUGCCACCGGCGCUAGCCUUUAGCAUUUUCAACGUGGCCUUCCCGUGCCUCAGUUCCGCCCUGGCCGUUCUCCUCCUUGGAAUCUUCAAAGCCACUAAGCUCCAGGUGAUGCCGAGUGCGCUGGUGAAACCGGCUCUGUGGGCGGCAUUGGUGGCCUUCCAUUUUGCGUUGAGUCUCAGCAUCGACAUCGUUGUCGGCUCAGUGGGCGGCCUGUUCUCGUUGCACCUGGCCAGCCAGGCCUACUUUGUCCUUUGGUCGCUGGCUUUGUCGCUAGGCUAUCUGGCGGCAUUUGCGCCUGCAACAAGGGCUGCCACCAGCCUACAAACGGAGACGGUACGCAGCCAUUUGACUGCUCUCCACGUCCACGGCGCUUCUCUCCCUAGAUACCUGCCGCAACCGACGCUGCUGCGCGCUGUCCGAGUCACGCUCGCCGCAGCCAUUCUGGCUCUCCUCGUGGCUGCUUUCCAGCUUUACGGCAUGUUCGGCGUUUACGGCUUGCCAUGGCGCCAACAACCGACAUCGUCGGCUGGCAGUGCCAGCCACGGCAUCGGUCUCGGCAAUGGCGCAGUUCCAGUCGUCCUGACAGCCGAGUUCUUGGCUCGCUACCAGGGGCUGCAACGCGAACGCAAUCUGAACGUUGAUGCAUUGCGUGAGGUGCUAGGUCUCCCUUCAUCCUUGUCCAGCAUGGAACAAGCGGCCGAAGAGAAGAGGCUAGAUCAUUGGCCAGUGGCAACGGAAAACUUUUGGCCGUGGUGGACAUAUCAGCUGGUUGCUCGACUCCUCGAGUUCAUCAUGGCUACCCUCAUCGCCUACGUCGCCGUCCAACCGUUGCGCUACAAUCAAACGACGCUGGCGGAGAAACAAGGCGACUCUAGCGGCCCUUCUUCCUCGUCAACCACCAAGAAGAGUUCCUUGUGGAUGUUUGCCGGUCGGUCGCUGAAGAACGGCUCAAUCGAGACGCUGUCGACGCUCUGCUGCCACAGCAACAGAGGUGCCAUGGCACGCAACGGAGCGGGUGCUGGUGAUGUGACCGCCGGAGGCGCCAUGACUGAUCUAUCGCCAAUCAAGUCAGUCGCCUCGGACGAGUCGCCGUACCCGUCGGUCAAUUUGCGAAACUAUUGCUACUCGAAUCCGACGUCGUCUCAUCAACAUCAACAUCAACAUCUCCAUCUUCAUCAGGUUCAACAGCAAAUGGACCGAGCGGCCAUGGCCAAUCAUUCGGCUACGUCAUCGGCGUCCUCCUCCUCGGCUUUCACAGCGCUCUACGAUUCGAAGCGAUCGUCGUCGCAAGCGCAACACCAAAGGCCGCGUUGCCCUAUGAAUGCGUCGCACCCGCAGGUCUCUUCCGUUUUGGUCAACGACAGUGGCUUCAUCCGGUUUCGGGAUGGCGUCGCCAACGAUCCCACCGAUCAAAUGGAACAACCCUACGAGGAGGUGGAUCGCCAGCGCGGACCCUUGGCUGCGGAUGCGCACCAUUCGCACCAGCACAUCUACCAAGAGCUGGGCUACAAGGCUCCGUCGUUGACCUACUACUCGACUGCUUCGUCGGUGACUUCUUCCUCCAACACCAACAAAGGCACGGCCACAACGCCGUCCGUCUGCACCUACGAGCAUCUCUGCCGACGCGGGCUGGCCGGCUAUUACGAACCUCAGUUGUACGAAAUGCAGCUGCCCAACAACGCACAGCUACUCAGUUUGUUGGCCAAGGAGAGUUGUCAGGCGUUUCAGCCGUGCAACAUCUACGGCGGCUCGCUGGCUGGACAACAUCCUUCGUCAAUGGCCACACAGCAUUUACUGCGCCAUCAACAUUGCCAGCAUUGCCAACACUGCGGUUGCAGCAGCUCGAGUCAGCACAUGGCAAGCGGUGGCGCUGACAAUCACGACGAGUCGCCAGCAGCGUCUGUGUGCGGUCAGAAACCGUCCAAUUACGAAUCGUAUGGACCCAAACCUGAAGGGCAGAGUCCAGCCAAUCAGUCGGAAGUUCUGCAAGUCAUUGCGCCUCCAGAUAUGAGGAACAUUCCCAUUUUCCUGUAGCGCGUAAAACAACUUGAACGACGGAUACAGCAGGCCAACGUCAACAAGUUAAAACUCCCCUUUUUCAACCAGAUAAAGUGUCUCUCGGUCGAUGGUGAAUUCGUGAUGUUUUGGGUUUUAAAAACACUAGAAAUCCAUAUGCUGUGCGUCUAGCCCAAACGUUUUCCACCUACACCCUUGUUCGUGAACCAUCUUCGGGUGCAAAAAAAAAAAAAAAAAAAUGGAUAAAAUGUUGAAUGCCAAGCUCUGUAUGGCAGCUCAAGAACUCAGCCGGCAUGGUGUACAUAGUGUAUAUUUUAAAGAAUGGUUACGGUGCCACAAAUGUGGCUAAAUACAGCUCUCUGGCAAGCCGCUAGCGACUGACGGAGCGAAGAGAAAAGGAUAAGAAAUGAACAUUCAAUUGAAACAGUAACGGGAAGCUUCGACUGUUUUGCCGCGCAAACUUUACAAUGCUUUGUCCGUAUGGAAUACAUAACAUGAAAAACGUGAAAUGUAUGGAAAGGCAUAAAUAGCAUAACGUCAGGCAACCUCUCAAUUGAUUAACGUACUGGAUUAAAUGGUGGCUGCAAGAAAAUGGGGACGAUGAAUUAAUCAAGAACAACGCUCACCCUUUUUUCCCCUACGACAGCCGAAAAUUACCGAAACGUUCGUUUUAAUGAAGCGUGCUGAAACCAAAACGAAAGGCUAAUUGACCUGCAUGACGAAACUGCGCGAUACGUGCGAUUGUUGAAGCACCACGACUGACGAUGAGUGCCGCGUGCGUUUUGAUGUGUACGACAGCACUGUGAAGGCGCACCACGGAUCCGAAUCCGUCCGUUCAUUUUUACUUUCUCCGUUGCGCCUUCCAUCGUCAUCCAGCUGGCUGUGGUCUACCGAGAAUCCAUCAAAUUCGAAGACCAACCAUUCUCGCUCAUCACGAUUUCAGAUGCAAUUUGAACGAGUUUCAACAGGACAGGUACCUGUUCCGUCGAACCACCAGUUGGUCUAAUCACAGGACAUGCAAAUAAAACGUUGGAGGCGCGACGAAAAGGCUAUUUCUUCCUCUUAGCAUGCCUUCACAGUUAGACAUUUCCUGAGACGAGGCGACUGAUAAAACCAUCAACGGAAUCCUCUGAUCAAAUAAAUGAGAUUGGUGGCAGCGAUAAAGGGUUGCACAAACCUUGGGUCACACACCUCGUGGCCUUGGCCAUUCGGACAAGUUUUCACUUCAGUGUACUGACCAGAACACGCCUGACGCAGCGCAGCUCGCCUAAGUGAAACUAACUACAUCAUCUACAAAAUGCCCUUCUGCUGCAGGUGCGAUCCGCUCCUGACUUUGGAAAGUCUGGCCACCUUAAACGGAGCUAACCGUUUGCCUCUCCAGAGUUUGGAAAUCUUCCUCCUCCAUUUAUCGGGAAGUUCUCAGAAGUAAACGAAAGGGAUGGAAGCGAUCUGGGCAUGUUUGAAUCCCGACAACAGCGCUCGCACCGCUUGCACGAUCGGAACGCGUCCAAACCGAUUGCGUAUGGUGACAAAAUUCGAAGAACAAUCAUCAGCUUAAUUUAAAAUUGCCAAGAACCACACAUUUUGGUAACAUGAAACGAUGUAAAUUGAGCGACCGAGGACUUUCUCAAAUACGAGACCGUGAAACUGAUUCCCAGUAUGAAGUCGUUGGUUCUCAUGAAAAACAUAUUCAUUUGUAAAUUGACGUGGGUACGUUGUGUUAAAAAAAUACUGUUUGAAUUAUGUACGUAAAAAAAAAUAUUGAUUGUUACUUAUCACGGUAAAAACGCAAGCGUCACCUAAUGACCAUUGGAACACUGGACCACGCCUCACGGCAUGUUGUUCAUUUUCCAUGCGAACAUUCACUGCGAGCUGUUAACACGACUGUACUGUUCUCUUUUCCCAUUUUCUUUUCCAUAUUCCUAUAUCUUCGCUCAUGUCAUUUGGAACACGUCGUGUUCCUUCCCUAGUCUGGCGAGUGUAAAUGUUUGUGGGGACGUAUUAUGAAUUGUGACAUUCCAAUACAUAGUUCUUUUAUUAGUA